CCAACAACACACACACACGGAAAAGUGCUGGGUCGCGCGAGAAAACUGUGGAAAAUUCAUUUAAGAAAUUGGAAAAACUCAGCAAAUACAAUGUACAGUGCUUGAGCGAGGGCGAGUAUUGAGUAGCAUCUGAAGGAAUCCAGUGAAGACGCGGGUGGUAUGCUACCGGAUGGCCAGGGCAGGUGGCCAAAACCGAGCUAACGGGAUAUGUGGUGCAAACGUGGUGCGUGCGUGGUGCCAGUGAGUGUGUGAAUGUGUGUGUGUGCAGCUGCAAAGUAGGCUAAGAAAAUCGCAGAGCCUGGUAUUUAUGUCGCGCUCCCGCUGGAUCGACCUCCAUCAUCAGCAGUUACUAGAUCAUUGGACUCCGAGGAUAGCGCUGCUCAAUCAUCAUGGCCUGGUCGCGUCUCCUGGCCUGGUGGCGCCUCUGCUUGGGCCUCCUCUCCGUUCUGGUCUGUUUGGCACCGUGCGUCAAUCUGCAGCCAGCCGAGAACAUCAACUACAAUCUCGUUCAUUCGUGGGCCGACAAAUUGGGCAUGGAGCUGUUUCAUCUGGGCGAUUUCAUCACCAGGCGCAAGGAGGUGCAAGAGAGUUUCAAGGAUGCAAAGGUCGUUUCGCGCAACGGCGCCUCUAUCGUCGAUUCGAUGGCCAAGGAAAUCGAAAUGAUGAUGGACCUAAAAGUCAGUGCAGUGAGGCGAAUCAUGGACACGGCUGAGAACACGGCGUUGUCGCAUCAGAACGACAUGGCGGACAAGAUGUUCUCCUAUUAUAGUGCCAAGGAGAUGCUGGAGCCCGGCGAUCCAGUACCGCCCAUUCCCACACCGGCUCCUGACAUGGAUAAGGACAUAGGCGAGCCGCUGAUCUACGUCCAGCCGAAAGUGGUGGUGUUGGAACCGCGUCCGGAGUUCCACAAUACUCCGGUCAACUUUAGCGUCAGUUCGGUCCACGUGCCAGUCAAUGUGUUCGAUCGAGCACCGGAUGUGAUAAAAGCAAUUCAGUGGUCGGAGAAUUUGGAUCAGAUAUUCCGUGACAAUUACAAAAACGAUCCGACAUUGUCGUGGCAAUUCUUUGGCAGUUCGACUGGCUUUAUGCGUCAAUUCCCUGCAUCGAAGUGGCGAAAGGACGUACCGGUCGAUCUAUACGAUUGCCGACUACGCUCCUGGUACAUGGAGGCGGCGACGAGUCCGAAGGAUAUUGUUAUCCUGAUGGAUGGAUCCGGUUCAAUGUUGGGACAGAGGCUAGAUAUCGCAAAGCAUGUUGUCAAUACGAUACUCGAUACAUUAGGUACAAAUGACUUUGUGAACAUCUUCACCUUUGAUAAGGAAGUGAGCCCAGUCGUCCCAUGUUUCGAAGACACACUGAUUCAAGCCAAUCUGGGCAACAUACGCGAACUGAAAGAAGGGAUUGAACUGUUUAGACCCAAAUCGAUCGCCAAUUAUACCGCUGCAUUGACAAAGGCAUUCGAGCUAUUGGAAGAGACCAAGUUGAGUUCGCGCGGGGCGCAGUGCAAUCAGGCGAUCAUGAUAAUUGGCGACGGGGCGCCGGAGAACAAUCGCGAGGUCUUCGAGUUGCACAAUUGGCGGGACCCGCCGUACAAGCCGGUCCGUGUGUUCACCUACCUGAUUGGCAAGGAGGUGGCCAAUUGGGAUGAUAUACGGUGGAUGGCGUGCGAGAAUCAGGGCUACUACGUCCACCUCAGCGACACCGCCGAGGUGCGCGAGAUGGUCUUGAAUUACAUACCGGUUAUGGCCAGGCCGCUCGUCCUGGGCAGGCACGAUCAUCCGGUGAUUUGGUCGCAGGUCUAUGCGGACAUCGAGGACACGAAGCUAUCCGACUAUCUGUGGGACAUCAAUCAGUGCGAGUACCAGAAGGCCGAUGUCCUCGAGUAUUGGCAGGUGCACGACCGGAUGCUGGAGCCCAGCGAAAUGCACCGCCGGAAGUACAGAAGGAUGAAGGAGACCUGGAAUCAGCCCGUGGACUCGAAUGUGUACCAGUUCAUGACCACCGUAUCGAUGCCCAUCUACGAUCGUCGCGAGAACGCGAAUAUCACCGAAGAAGUUUUAAUAAAUGAAGCACUCUGGGAAUUGCAAACACGUGAGACUAGGAUUGCGAAUAUAUUGGGCGUGGCCGGCACGGAUGUGCCCAUCAAUGAAAUCAAAAAGCUGCUGUCGCCGUUCACGCUCGGCGUGAAUGGCUAUGCGUUUAUAGUAACCAACAAUGGUUAUGUACUAUUCCAUCCAGACUUUCGUCCAAUUUUCCAAGGCUACAUAUUGAAGCCAGCAUACAAUAGCGUUGACAUGAUUGAAGUCGAGCUAUUGGAUGACGAUCGACCCGCUAGAGACUUUAAUCCAGUGCUGAUGACGAUAAGAGAUUCUAUAAUCAAUCAAUCGACAGGCAGCAAAUGGAUGCUGGUCAAAAAUCAUUUCGAUGAAAUGAAACGGGUGGCACGCAUAAAGCGACAAUACUACUGGACGGCCAUCAAGAAGACGCCCUUUACUCUGGUCAUUUCCUAUCCGGAGCAAUACGGCGUGAGUCACAUGGACAUCCGAGCUGACCAGGAGAUCCAUCGCAUAAGCAUAAAGGGCACAAACUUGCGCAGCGUUUUCAGCGGCAAGCGGUGGAAAAUUCAUCCCGACUGGCUAUUUUGUAAGCACAGCAACAGGACAUUCAAAACGCCAGAGAUCGAACUGCUGUACUUUCUCGAGCGUAUGUCUGAGCCUGGCUGGCGAUGGCCGGGAAGUCGGAGUGCUAUGCCCCCGGAGCACGCGGCCGCCAUGUUUUCUAACAACUCAUCAACCGGCCGUUAUCCAUCAAUCAAUGAAAAAGAAAGCUACUAUUGCGAUCGGCAGCUGAUGCAGGCUCUGGUCUUCGAUGCACGAGUCACCGGGUGGUUCUCCAACAACACCAGCUUCAACUCCAAGGACGACAAGGGAAACGAAUUCAAGCAGCGUUUUGGCGUCACCGUUGCCUUUUUGGCCACCCACAGUGGUCUCACCCGCUGGCAUGAGUUCCACUCGAAUGCUGCCGAGGAAUCCGUAGUCGGCGAGACUUUUAGCCAAAAUAAUACGCGGGCCAUCGAUGAGAUUUGGUACAAACGCGCCGUGGACCAACAUUUUGUGCGGGAGGAGAGCUUCGUUUACUCCGUGCCCUUCGAUGCGGGUGAAAGCAACUCAGAGAUCCUGGUGACCGCCAGUCAUGCUGUUUUCCACAAUGAGGGCGGCAAGACUGCACCGGCGGCUGUUGUGGGCUUCCAGUUUCAGCACUCGGCGCUCUACAAGCUCUUCCACAACAUCACCGGCAAUGCCUGUGCCGUGGAUGACAAAGACUGCUAUAUACUGGACAACAAUGGCUAUGUGAUCAUUUCGACGAGGGUCCACGAGACGGGGCGAUUCUUUGGCGAGGUGAACGGAGCGAUCAUGAAGCGACUGCUGGAGGAGAAUGUCUACAGGCAGGUCACCGUCUACGAUUACCAGGCGGUGUGCUUCGAGUCCAAGAACGAUAACAACGCCUCCAGCAUGCUGCUUUCGCCCCUGUUCCAUCUGCUGCGCGUGGGCAAAUGGCUGCUGCAUACGGCGCUGUGGUAUAUUGUACAACUGUUGCAGUGGGCGCCCGGAGUGUCCAGCCACUAUGCGGACAUGUACGGCGACUCCAAUGACACGGAGCCACCGCCGCCGGAGCCGCAUCCGGAGCACCAUGCCCGCAACGGCAAUGGGCAUGGGAAGAAGGACGAUGACCUCUGGCUGCGCUACUUGACACUCCAUCGCACCCGGCUCAAGCCGUGCGACAUGAAGCGCGAUCUGUACACGCUGUUCAACGAGAAGGACAACGUUGUCUACAAUAUGACAGCCCAUGCAUGUGAGCGGCCAUUUGUCGUCCUGCCCAUCCCGUUCAGCAACCUCAUCCUGCUGGUCAUCGACCAGCUGUGUCCCAGGGACGGCUCCGUCGUCCUCACGGUCAAUCCGCAGCCGAUCGACUACCAUCUGUCGGUUAACGAUUCGCUGGCCUGCUACAAGCAGGCUCGCGAGUUCAACCGCAUGCGACCCCACAGCUGCAUCAGUCGUCACGCGAACGAGAGCGGCAUCAAGCUGUGCGGAAAGGCCUGCUCCGUGUACGCGAACCUGGGGCUGCUGCUGCUCUGCCACAUACUGAGUCGCUGGCUGUAACGGCGGACGAUGGAUUUAGCUUAGAUCUAGGCAUUAUGUUUUUGUAUUAUAUACGAAGGGCAAUCCAGGAGGUGGGAAAAUUUUUUACUCUAACGCUUGAGCGCAGUUCAAUAUUUUUGGUCACCUAGAGAAACUUUUCCAAAUUAGUUCUUAAGUAGUUAAAUACGAGUAUCCGUAUCCGGAACCGAAUCCGGAAGCGGAUCCACAUCAGCGAACGCGGACAGUGUGUGCCGCCUAUGACGGACUGGGCGCAGGGCUUAUUGUAGACCUUCCAAUAGACAGGACAAAAACAUAUAUUUACUGCAUUAACAUAUGAAUAUAUAUAUAUUAUAUAUUGUAUAACUGAAAAUUCCAACAACGGCCUUAAACGACUUGCAACCUUCAAGUAAGCUGAAUGCAAAGCGCUGUCAUCCAGGCGACAAACUUAUGGCACACACUGUACCCAAUGCCGACUACUGCCCAUGGUUAUGCGUGUGUGUGAGUGAGUGAGUGAGUGAGUGUGUGUGUGUUGUGUGUGUGUUGUGUGUGCAUGUGUGAAAGUUAGUCCUAAUCUAAGAAGGCCACAUUUGUAAGUAACACCUAGCUACGAGUUUAUGUUUAAAGAACGGAUCAAGAAACCUAUCGGUAAAGGCGAAUAAUGGAACCAUUUAAUUAUAUAUACACACUCAUACGAUAAUACGAUAUAUACCUACGAGUACGUUCGGUACUGUACAUGCUAACUAAUUUAAGUAGCUUUUGUAUAUUUGCUUAGCCUAGCCCAGAGAAAAACUAACCGAAAGUUCAGCCUCGGAGCCUUGGAAAACUACAUACUUUUUAUAGACAUUCGUUAAAAAAGACAUUGUAGGCCACUCGAGAACAAGCAAAACCAAAAAGAGAUCCGAUUUAAAGGCAUUGUUUUUAUAUACACUGAUGAUGACGAUACCUAGCAUUACCCACAAGUACCUACAUACAUAUAUGAGAAAUACUUUUUAUUACUAACUACUUGAUACGAGCCACAGAACUGAGCCGAGGUCAGAGACGAUUGAGUAAGCGCAGCAGCAUCUAGCGACUAAAUUAUUAAUAAUACUACACUUAAACCAUUGACUAGUUGAAAUUUACCAUGACAAACUAUCGUACAUCUAGACAAACAAACUCUCAGCCGAGAGGAUAUAUCCUCCGAUCGGAACAGAACUCGCUAAGCUUUAGCCCCCCACAUUUUCCCAUGGUAGUGUAAUCAACUUGUGCCAUUCGAACUGCCUAGAAUUUGUUAUUAACUAUUUAAUGUGGAAUUGGAAGUGCGUUAGCCCCUUGCAGGUUGUCUCACCACCCCCCUUCUCAUUUUUUACAUUUCGAUUGAAAGUAGGUUAAAGCAGAUAUCAAACUAUGCCAAGCUUGCAGGCCUCUUCUUCACCAGAACAUUUAGCCCGAUCUCAAGUUUAAACUCUCCUCACAGACACAAACGAAACAAAAGAUACAAACACACUCGCUGGCAGCCACAAUUGUACUACAUACAUAAACAUAUUUCGAAUUCAAUCAAAUACAAGUAAAACCAUUUGUCUAAUGUGCUAAAAGAAGAAACUGAUAAUAAACACAAGAUAAUUUCGAAAAUCAAAA